CUACAACAACUGGGGAGUGGCCGUCAUGUCAAAUAAUCCUGAACAUGACAAGGAAGUAUACGACAGAGCUAUAGACUAUAUGAAUAAAGCGCAGAAGGUAAGCAAAGUGUGUUCUACUUAAUGCAUGGAUGGAUCCAGGCAGAUUUGGGGGGGGGGGCGUUCUGCUUAUCAAGACCUGGUGAUGGUUUGGGGUGUGGCCGUUGACCAAGUGCAUUAUCACUGGAGGGAGAUACGGGAUGUAGUGUUCUGGGAAACUGGCGAAAUUAUAGAAAGAAAGAAAAUACUUCUCAUGGCAGGGUCCAGGGACAAAGCUGAUGGCAAGAGUAACAGAGUAUUGCCUUUCCAAAUCAAAAAUUGCAUUUGAUAAGAAAAUUGGCACUCCCCUUGCACCCCAUUUUCCAAGGUUAACAGGGGUGCGCACCCUCGGCACCCCCAUCCUGACUUAAUGUUACUUGUUAUGUUAUAUGAUUUCUAACUUAGAUCUACGAGUCAGUGUACUUUGGUCACUUACCGCCUCAAGUAACAGUCACUCUCAAUAAUCUGGCGCUGUGUAAUCGACGACUCGGUAACCACGAGGAAGCUAGAAAAGUAUACAAAAGGUAUACGAUUAAUAUGCGAAAGGUGUGGAUGUUGGUGUGCAGUCAGGGUCGCCGAAAGGUUGCCCGGGGCAAAGUGCUUCUCCCCCCCCUCCCCACCCCUCUCUACGGGUCUGUAUACAAUUGCUUUUAAAUCACCCCUGUGACCAGAGUUCAAUUUUGCUUUGUUGUGUGAUUGUAAUAGACAACUUGCAUGUUAGACUAAUUUUUGAUUUAGGCAAAAAAAAAGUAAGUUCCCGUAAAGAACUUAUUAAAAUUAGUAAAAAUGCAAAAUUUGGUUGCGAAAUGUUGUAAAAUACGGAAAAUAUAGCCUUGCGAAGUUUGCAUAUUUUCAGUAUAUUUAUAUUACGUGCGGAAAUUGUUACCAUUUUUGAGCCGAAAAUGGUAACAACUUCCGCACGUAAUACAAAUAUACUGAAAAUAUGCAAACUUCGCAAGGCUAUAUUUUCUGUAUUUUACAACAUUUCGCAACCACAUUUUGCAAUUUUACUAAUUUCAUUAUGUUCUUUUUAACUGUUGUGUUUUAUUUCCUUCUCUUUACUUAGAUUAAAAUUUAGUCUAACAUGCAAGUUGUCCAUUUCAUCUUAGUUACCUACUAGAAAAAUGUUCCGAGUCUGGCUCUACCAAACACCUCAGUGUUUUCGGGUACUCCGGGUUUCUCUUGUAGCAACCUCCCCUCAAAUUCCGGCCAUGUUCAUUUUUGUAAUUCUAUCUUAUUUCGACAGAAUAUUGGCCAUCCGCAUCGACACGCUGGGAGAAAAUCACACCAAUGUCGCGAUGGUCUACAGAAAUCUCGGCACGUUGGAAUAUGCUGACAACAAAAUUGAUCUUGCGUUGGAUUACUACGAGAAGUCUUUGAAAAUAUUCGAGGUCUGUUCAAUAAUUUUUACUGGACAGCUUUUGACUGUCAGUGCCUAACCCAGGAAAAGUGCUUCCGGGUUGACUCUACCAUGCAAACACCGUAUAAUUUAUCUGGGUACGUAAGGCACACACGUAAAACACGCACAAACUGUGACAAAGCUGCAGCAUACUUGUGACAAUCCUGUUCCAACAACUUGUCAACAGGAUGUGUUCGCACUGCUUGUUCCCAGCUUGUUACAAGUUGUUCCAACAACUUGUUAUCGUCCUGCAAUUGAUGGGGCCCUCAUUGAUACCAGUGAUGCAUCACUGAAGAAGUUACCCUACGGAAAUAAAUGUGAUUUGAUUUGUCAACAAGUUGUGCUAAUGUGAGUGGCAACCUUGUAGCAACUUGAUAAAAUAACAGUAUUGUCACAACUUAUUGACAGGCUUGCUACAAAAGCCUGUUGCGAACACAUCUUGUUAAUAAGUUGUGAGAUUUUUACGUGUGUACUGCAGUGGUACCGCUGGAUCUCUAGGAACAACAGAACUGAUAAAAGGCAGCUAUCCAGAAUAAGUAAAGUAGGAAGAACACUGAACCAACAAGGGAUGACCAUUACCAGACCUUGAAUUCAAUCUGUUCUCCGUAGAAGCCUGCUACAUGCAGAGAACAGAUUUAAAGUGACAUGCAGAACUGUUCAAUAUAAGUAAAGGUAGUUUGGCGUAUGUCAGUAAUAUCUAGUAUAGUAGUAAUUAAGCAGGACCACCUCAGGAAUUCGUUUUUUGUAAGGUCAGCAAAUCUGUGGAACAGCCUCUCAUCGAAACUUAAGAGUUGUACAUCAAUAUCUGUAUUUAGUUCCAGACUACGUAAAGUGUAUAAAGAACGACUGCUAUUUUACAGCCCUCCUGGCUGUUCUUAACUUUAAAAUAUCCUAUAGUUUCCUAUUCAUGUAAUGUGUUCGGUCGAUGUAUAGUCAUUUAUUAGGAGUUAGGUGUCAAUUGGGACGCAAGUCCUGUUCCUCUCUCCAGUCACACCAAUGGCUAUUUUGUACAAUGUCCAAAAUCUGUUUUGUUAGGCAUUUGGGGAAGAACAUUUGGAGACAGCGUUGUCUUUAGAAAACAUGGCAUUAGUCAAAAUUGCUCUGGAAAAUUGGGACGAGGCUCAUUACUAUUUCAACAAGGCAGGUUAGUUGUACUACCAAUCCAUUUCAAUGUGGAAUACAUACUAGACCUUUCCUGGGACGUUUUCAGCAAAGUGAACCUUUUCACAAAGGACCUAAUUUCUUGCAGUCAAAAUGUGAUCGGCAAUCUGAGUGACUAUGUGAUCCUAAUACUUUUUAGUUACCCGUGUUCACCAUAGAAAAAAAUUUGUAAUAAUUGUCACAAAACCUUUGUUUGAAUUCUAGGUGAAAUUCUCCACAGAACCGGAAGAAUGAAUCAUUCUUUACCCUCAAUAAAUGCAGUAAUGGCCGACCACUACCUAACAAAUGACCGAGAACCAGACGCGUACAAGUUAUUUCAACGUUUAGUUGGUACCAGUAUUGCUCAACCGCGUGACUAUGCCGCAUUGGAAUACUUCGAUCGUCAACUGCCGGAAAACGAACGGCCGACGAGACCUUACGAACAUACUACAGAAUAUGCGUUAGAAAAGUACGUAGUCAAUUAUGAAAUCUACAUUUAUCUAUAUCUAUCCUUUGCGUGUACUUAUAGCAUUCAGUCUCAUUGAAUUACUAUCUUCAGUGAUUAUUCUGGAAUAAGGUUUUAUAUGAUUAUUUACCAAAGAGAGUAAAACCUUUUGUUUUGAUAUAUACUAGAUAUAUUCUGGAUAGCUGUAUCAGUUCUGUCAAUAUGGCUGUUCUUCCUAGAGGCCUUCUUAUGUGCCCCGUAUUACAACAGGAUGAACCCUAAAUUGAACCCGACAGCUUAGUCUGUUGGAGUAAGCAGUAUAACAACUGAAUAUUACAGGAACGGCCAGGAACUGUGCAAGCGGGGGAGGGGGGGGGGCUGGGGCUUCGACUUGACCGUUGCAUCUCUGACAUCUCCGUGUAACUGUUCUUUUACAUUAUUUAUUGAACGUUCUCUGACUUAUACCAUGAUUAUACCACGUGCACGAAAAUAGCAAUGGGGAAAAAAUGUGAAAUCCAUACUAUGAAAUUUGCAAUUGCACCACUAAAUCCAUAGUAUAUUCAUAUUAUUUCGAUACAAUAUCCAUAGUAUGAAAAUAUACAAUUAUUAUGGAUAAUCAAAAUCCAUUCUAUUUCCAAUAAAGGUCCAUACAAUUUCCAUUCUAUGACCUAUUAUGGACUUUCAAUUUUUUUUCCAGUGUAGGUUGCCACACCCUCGGUUUUUUUUUACAAAAAUAUAAAAAUAAAUAUGUGUACCCUUGGUUAACAGCUUGGCAAGAACCGAAGCCCAAUCACAGAUGUAAAAGAUGGAUGCACUAACCAUCAUCAACACAUCAAAAAUAUUAGAAUAUCAGGGUUUGUAUAUACAUUUUAAGACCUAACCAGGAGUGACUGCGAAAAAUGCAGCACAAGGUCCUCUGGUAGGAAUUGUAGGAUUAGGUCUUAAAAUGUGUAUACAAACCCUAACAUUCUAAUAUUAAUUCCACCAAGUGAAGUGCAAGAAUCCAAAUCGUUGAAGUCCAACACAUCAUAAACAUUUUUUAACAGAAAGAAUAUCAAUUCUUAUAUAAACAUUUUAUUUCGCGUAUUUUAGAUGGCCGGAUAAUGAAAUGUUACUUCGAAACAAGAUCGUUUCUCUCAGCGAGUCAGGAGAUAUCGACAAGAUGAUGGAAUAUUUGAACAAAGCCAAGUCGUGUAGUGUGGAUGUAUAUCUCUCAGCGUACAGCUCGUUUGUCGAGAAAGGCCAUAUUGCCAUCGCUAUGCCGAUACUUAAGGAGGGUCUGGAGCAUUAUCCUCAGAAUCAAGUAAGAAACGAGAUAAUAGUUGUUAUUUUAUGACCUUCUGAAUAGGCAAUUUCAGUUAUAGACUAAAAUUUGAUCUAGGCAAGAAGAACAAAAUCCAUGACCACAGCUAGAAAGAGCAUGUUAAAAUUAGUAAAAUUGCAAAGUUUGGCCGUGAAAUGUUGUCAGUAAAAUGCGGAAAAUAUAGCCCUGCGAAAUUUGCAAAUUUUGUGGGAAAAUGCACCACAUUUGGGCCGAAAGUGGUGCAUUUUCCCAUACGUAAUACAAAUUAAUACAAAAUUUCGCAGGGCUAUAUUUUCCUCGUUUUACAACAUUUCGCAACCAAACUUUGCAAUUUUACUAAUUUUAACAUGCUCUUUCUAGCUGUUGUGAUGGAUUUUGUUCUUCUUGCCUAGAUCAAAAUUUAGUCUACAGCUGGAAUCAUCCAUUUAUACUAGGUAUAUAAAUCGUUCGGUAUAUAAAUCGGUAAACCUGCACAUAGAAAUAUAUCCCAUCCCACUUAGACAGGUUUUUCGGCUAUCCGGGUUCGUAUGAACGAACCAUUACUAGAGCAACGCCAUGACUUUUACUGGAAAGUUUUAGAAAGAACGGGCACACGAGCACUGCUCGCAGGAAAUGUUAAACAGCUGCAGGAAAUUCAUUUUGAAUAAAGUUUUGGUAUUGAAAAUGUCCCACUAUGGGCGCAACAACAUAUGGCUGACACAGACAGUAUUCCUUGAAUUUAAAACCAUGGUCAGCUAGAAUAUUAUAUGUUUAUGUGCAUGCAGAUUUUAAUAGCACAAAAAUGCUCUUUUGGUCUGCAGGAAAUUUUUGUCUCCAGAUUGUGCUCCCAGGAAGAAAAUUCUUCUUUCCCGCCCUGUCUGCGAUUCCGGUGCAGCGCUCUAACCAACUAAGCUUUCGACCUUUAGAACUGAUAGAGCCUUUCAGUAUACUAUUAAUGUUAGUUUAGUAUCGUUUCUUUUUUUCCUUAGAACUUACUUCGUAACAUGGUGGAACUAUCCUUGGCCUUGAAAGAUUACCCGAUGGUUAUUCAAUGUACGGAGAAACUGCUGGUUCAGGACCCCAAUGAACUCUUCGCAUUGAUUUUCCUUGGUCGCGCCCAGGCCCUUACAGGUGAUCUCACGCGGUCAAAAGAAACAUUCUCUCGAGGUUUGUCGCUGGCACAGCAAGCCCAAGACGAGGAAAAUACUACAAAGGUAACAAAUUU